CCGCCGGUGAGUUCAAGGUAAACUUAUGUAGCUGUUUUUGGUGAUUCUUCUUGCAUCUAUUGUGCUUGAUAAAUGGCCUUAAAACUUAUUCAAAGAGGAACUCAUGAAGCUGAAAACCCAAUCGAAGUGUCUCUUAGAGAAGCUUUUGAGCUUCUUAAACCCCAACUAAACCCCCCAUUUUCCUUAAAAGUCCUUACACAAGAGGAAUACUCAAAAAUUAAUAAAGCUUUAAUUUUUGGCAUUUUAUCCCAGCCCCAUUUGGCUAAAGUUCAUAUUAAGCACCUACAUGCAAUUAUUACUGAUGGGUAUGAUUUCUUUACUUGUAUUCUUGUCAAUAUUGUUGAUGAAUUGUAUCCAAAGUUGCUUGACUCAGUGAAAAUUCAGCUUAUAUGGGUUACUAAAGAGAUGUUGAAUGUAUUAGCUAUAGGGUUUGAUAAAUUGCUAGUGGCUCUUUUAAGGCAAAUUUUAGGUGGGGAUUUUAGUGAGGGCAAUUUGUGGUUGUGUUUGGAGAUGGUUACCUUGUUUUUAGCCAAUUGGGAUUGUUUAUUAGAGGAAGAACCAUUGGUUUUGAAUAAGGGGUUGUAUGUGUUCCUUCGGUUAUUGGCUGAUCAUUAUAGAUUACCAAGUAAUCCAAUGACGGAUGCAUUGAAGAGAAUGGAGGUUGAAUUCUGUGGUCGACUUUUGCGGGAACAAUUUCCCUUGUGUUUGAACAUAGGGAGAGACUUAAUUAGGCUUUUGCAAGACUUGGUUCAUAUACCUGAGUUUAAAGCCAUAUGGAAAGACUUGUUAUUGAAUCCAAGACAGUUUAGGGCGGACGGAUUUGAAGAUAUCUCACAAAUUUACCGCAUAAGAACUCCAAGUUUGUACUUUUUGCUUCGAAUAACUCCUGAAAUGGAAACCAAAUUGAGGUUUUUGCUUACACAUGUCAAGUUGGGUAAUCAAAAGAGGUACCAGGUUUGGUUUGCUAAGAAGUUCCUUGGAGUGCCCGAGAGAGAAACCAUUUUAACUGACAUUGUUAGGUUUAUAUGUUGUUCAGUUCGUCCAUCCAGUGAAAUUACGCAACCGGACAUCUUACCAAGAUGGGCUGUGAUUGGUUGGCUAUUGAAGUCGUGCAGGAAGGGUUAUAUUGAAGCAAAUGUAAAGCUUGCAUUGUUUUAUGAUUGGCUUUUCUUUGAUGAAACCACUGAUAGUGUAAUGAACAUUGAACCUGCAAUUCUUUUAAUGGUGAACUCUAUACCAAAGUAUAUUGAAGUCACCCAUACUCUUCUUGAGUUUCUACUAAUUGUGGUUGACAACUAUGAUAUUGAGAGGAAGGAGAUUAUCUCCAAAGGGGUGUCAACGGCUCUUUCUACGAUUGUUAAAAAGGGAAUUAUUGGUUCACUUGAUGUUUUGACUCGAUGUGACAUGAUAUCACCAGUCCUUAGGGAAAUGCUUGGAAAAAUGUUAUUGGUCAUGCAAAGUAGCCAUUCCAAAAAGUUAGGAUCAACCAGUGUUACCCAUGACAUGUCACCACCUAUACAUUUGCUUCCAUCAAGCUUGGGAUCCCAACACCCUAACAGGGUAAGCUGAAAUAAAUUGUGUGUCGUCACAGGCAUAUUCAGGACAGAUCUGCUAAUGCAUCUCUUUCGCCUCCUGAAGAAUUGCUUGUGAACUUUUUCUUUCAAUAGGUGAUAAAGUUCCACUCAAGUGGAUGAAAAUUUCAAGGAAAAGUUUGAAAUCAAGGUGAUAGGAGAAACAUCUCUAGAGCAGUUUUUCAACGAUCAGUUGAAAAUGAUUUACAAUGCCAGGACUGCUGAGGAGGACAAGUUUGAAAAGAUACAGCAGGAACAGCGUGAGAUGAUCUAUCAAUCUAAUGCAACUAUUUCCUCGGCUGAGGAUCGUCGACUCAGGGCAGAAAAAGUUGCGAAAUUUAUCAAACUUCAGGACAAGGAAAUGGAAGAAUUUGUGGAAGAGAGGGAUAAUCUGAUAAGAGCUCAUGAAGAUAGGGUAGCUGCAAUGAGACGCAAAUACUUGCUGCAAUACUCGGAAGAGGCAGUUGCACUUGAGAAGAAUUUUGAUCUCGAACUGGCUAAGCUGAUGGGGAAGUACUCACCAAAGCAAUCUGAGCAGGUCAAUGCAGUAAUGCCGUGUGACCCUAUAGUAAUACUAUUCAAGCGCCAUCAUAGCUUUAAAUUUCUGAUGAACGUGGGAUCCUCCACUGACUUUUAUAUCCUGGUCUGUCAAUUUUUUUUUUUUGAUGAUGCUAAAGAAAUGAUUCUAUUAGUUAUAUUAUGUCCUAAAAUAUAUGCCUUGAACUAGUUGUUCUAGAACUAAUGAUGCACUCUAGCUACUAUUAAGUCAUAUUUUCAGGGGUUUAAUUAUUUGUUUUUGGGUUGUGAAAACCUGUCGUCACCUUAUGUUUGAUCACUUAACCAGUGGCUUUUUCUUUGUAAUUGAAGGAGUAUGAAAUAUAUGUCUGCUAAUUCCUUCCUAA